AUGGCAGACUCUAAAUCAAAGGCACCGAUAACAACACAAAGCAACCCGCGCGGAAUUCCUGUUGCUCCCUUUAUCGAUAAUGUCAGCGACUAUGUCUCUUCCCGCGCGGAGGUCGAGCCUACCCUCCGCAAUUUCCAGGAGAUGAUCUCCAAGUACCAGUUCAUGGAAGUGAACACUCAACGCCGCGGCCAGGGACUAGCGGAGAAGAUCCCAGAUAUCAAAAAGACACUGGAGAUGGUGUUGUUUUUGACACUGCGCAAGGAGUCCAACCCGGAUUCUGACCUCCAAACUAACUUUGAACUCAAUGAUACCCUCUAUGCUCGUGCGUCUAUCUCUCCUGCCGAUACUGAGGAAGUCUACCUCUGGCUUGGCGCGAAUGUCAUGUUGGCAUACCCAUUGAACGAGGCUGAGACUAUGCUGUCGGAUAAGUUGUCUGCGGCUGAAUCGAGUCUUGCUCAUUGUGAAGAGGACCUGGAGUUCUUGCGCGAGCAGAUCACUACUCUAGAGGUUGCUACAGCACGUGUUUAUAAUUGGGAUGUCGUGCAACGGCGCAAAGAGAAGGCCGAUGGCAAAAUUGAUGAAGAGAAGAAAUAG